AUGGUCAUCUCAGACACCGCGGCAGAUCGGACCCAAAUCACGAACAUUAUUCAUGGUGUACACGCUAUCCUUGAACAACCAUUUGCAGCUGUCGUCGGCUUUUUCUUGUUAGUGUUCUUGAUUUUCACAAUAUUAUGUUUCGUUUCUUUACUCUCUCGACAAUCAAACGUUGCUUCAAUUCUACAUUCAACCAUGUUCAUUGCUACUCUUGGCAUUAUAGAUCGUGCAGUGAGCGUUCAUGUGAAAGGAAAGGAAGUCAACUACUCGUUAUCAGUUCAAACAAUGAAAAUGAUCGCUAUCGUUAUACUCUCUGUACAUUAUUUUCACGGUACUUCAGAACGGGAUACGGUAUUUAUCAUUUAUAUGUAUUUAUUUGAUUAUGGUACUCUCCUUCUUCUACCAAUACUAUAUUUCUAUGUUCAAAAGAUGAGAAAUUCUCUUAAUGAAGCUGGAUCUUGGGAUUUUAUUCAAUAUUAG